AGGACACUCUUGCCAUCUGUCAUUCCAAGAAAUUCCUGAAAUGGACCCAGAUAAACAAGAUGCUCCUAAUAGUAUUGAGACUUCCAUUUACAGAACAGCCUUCAAAUUACGAUCAGUUCAAAGCAUGUGUCACUUGGACUUGAUUGACAGUUCUCUGAUUCAACACGUCCUACUAUGUCCAAGUCUCUGGGAAGCAAGAGACAGGCCUCUCCCCGUGCAGGAGCUUUUCCAGGCCCUCCAGGAGCUGUUUCAGAGAGUCAGCAUGGAAAACCCAGGACAAAUACACCCCAGAGCUCCUGAGCUCACUCUGAGCCUCCUCACAGCGAUGUAUGACAGCACAGGAACGGGGUUUCUCAAGCUUGUACCUGCCGCCGCUGCCCUGAUUGCCCUGUCAGGGGAUAGUCCGCUUACAAAAUACAGAGCUCUCUUUCAGCUCUAUGCAGAAAAUAACAGGGGAGGCUAUGACUCUGGGGCACGCAUGACUCGAAGGGUUCUGAGAAACCUACUAACAGAUCUACAGCAGAUCCCAACUGUCGUGGGAGAGAGUCGUGCCCUGUGCUCUGUGGAAAGUGCUACACGCAGCUGCUUCCAAGGGGUGUUGAGCCCAGCAAUCAAGGAAGAGAAAUUCCUAUCUUGGUUACAGUCUGAGCCUACCAUCCUCCUCUGGCUCCCAACCUGCUACCGAUUGUCAGCCACCGAAAUGGUUACUCACCCCGUCCGGUGUAGAAUCUGCAGGAAUUUCCCAAUCACAGGACUGAGAUACCGCUGUCUGAAGUGCCUCAACUUUGACAUCUGCCAGGUGUGUUUCUUAUCUGGUCUUCACAGCAAAUCCCACCAGAAGUCUCAUCCCCUGACUGAGCACUGCGUCCAGAUGUCAGCAAAGGAGAACACAAAACUCCUCCUCAGGACCGUCAGAAACAACCUGCUCCAAGGGCGGAGGAGGAACGAAGCUGCGAGAAGCCAGUGGCUGCUGGACCAGGUGAAUCCAAAGGACAUGGCUGACCGUGCACAGGCCAGGCUCCUUAAAACACAACUACACCGAUGCAAGGACAAGUUGCAAGCCAUCUAUGCCUCCCAGGAAGAAAAAAGUUGCCGAUUAGAAACAAAGAUUCAUGAACUCACAGCUAACCAGGAUAGUCUCCGGGCCAGCCUGCAGCAAAUGGGACAGGAUCUACAGGCAAUGUUGCAGCCACGCCAUCCUUUAUCUUCCUCCUUUCAAAAUAUGGUUUCCAAGGGUGACCAUGGAAGAGGUGAAAGGGUUCAGAGGGAAGGAGAUUCUUCCCAGAACAAGAAUGUCCCUGAGGAUGGUUCGAAAUGGGAACCUCUUCCUAACCACACUGUGACUAACAGGAAUCACGGAAGUCGAGCAAACCCAGAACAUAGUCUACCAAAUUCAGAAGCACCAGGGGCCAUGUUACAGCCAACAUCAACUCAAAGCACCAGGACACAAAGCCAAGCACAAAAGACCUCGAAGGAAAUCCUUAGUUCCCCAUCCGGUUCCCAGGAAGGAUUGCUGCAGGACACCCCCAAAAUGACUCCUGUUGAAAUACACAGUCCUGCUCUGGCACUCGUGCAAAGGAAAGAGACACUUAACAACCAGGAGGAAAAGGAUGAGCUGGAGGAAGAGGAACUGCAGGAAUUAUUGUCAAAACUUAUGGAUGCCUUCACUCUAGAAAUGCCAUCAGACUCGCAAUCUUCAGAAAACACGGACCUGUAUCGUGGAGCAGAGCGAAUGUGCAGGGCCUUCUCUGCCCUUGUUGAUCAAAUCACCUUGCCCAGCUCAAAGUGA